AACCCAAUCUCUGACGGAGAUCAGAGUAGUAUCGCCCCGGCGGACAGUCGCAGCAGCCUUCUGGCUCGGAUAUUUUUUUUUCAUUUUCUGGAUUUUACACAUCACAGAAAAACAAAACAAAAAACUGGGAUGCCUUCGAAUAAAAAUCUUCAAGGAGGGAAAGCCUUUGGGCUGUUAAAGGAGCAGCAAAGGCACAAAUUGGAGGAGAUAAAUAAGGAAUACAUGGAAGACCAGAAAUACAGGGAUGAAGAGGACCUGCCUGAUAAAUUGGAAGGCCUCAAAAAUAAAUACGCUGAGUUUGACCUGAAUGACCAAGAUGAGAUUGAUCUGAUGGGCCUGAAGCGCAUGAUGGAGAAGCUGGGGGUGCCUAAGACCCACCUGGAGUUGAAAAAGAUGAUUGUGGAGGUGACGGGCGGCAGCAGCAACACCAUCAACUACAGGGACUUUGUCAAGAUGAUGCUUGGCAAGCGCUCAGCUGUGCUCAAACUAGUCUUGGUCUUUGAGGACAAAGCCAACGGCGCUUCCUGCAAACCAGAUGGACCCCCUCCAAAGCGGGACAUUUCCAGCCUACCUUAAGAUGAGAUGUUAGCCUCCAGACUUAACGUGGAGCACAGAGGGACCAUCAGUGGAUACGUCUUAAAAAAAAAAGAAAUUGAGUCGUUCUUUUAACAUGUGGAGUGUCGUAUUAGUGUGGGACCAGUGAUAAAGGAUGUUAUUUUGUGAUAUACAAGGUGUCUGUUAUUUGGAAGACGGAGCCGACAACUCACUAGAUAAAGUGUGACUGUGAAUAUUAUGAUUCAUGUUUAUUUCCUUAACUCAAAUGUAGCAUUGAUAGGUGUGUACACGUAAGCCGCUUGAUAGGUGAACAUUUGUAGUUGGUGUUUUUAUGGUCGUUAUGAAGGGAAGACUCAAUUUUCAGGAGUUUUUUUAUUUUAUUUUAUUUCAAUUCUUGUUCAUUUUGUUCCAGUUUGGGACAAGUUAAUAUCAACAAUGUGAGUGUAUGAUGCUUUGAAAAAGAAAAGGUUUUCCAACACACUUCUGCACUGUCCUCAGCGGUCUUGGAUGGAUUCCUGCCAGGUUUAGUCUUGGUCACGCUUCAGAUGUGUCGCCAGAGAUUAAAGGCCCAGCCCUUUUCCUCUGGGUCAAAGUCGUCGACCCUUUUCGGAAGUGGGUGCUCUGAUCUGGAAUCAGUAACAAGGUUAUCACAGCCAACAUGAGGUCUCAGAAAGAAAAGAAAAAAACACAUGACUGAACUGCUAUGCAUUUUACAAAGUCAUUCACACUAUGAGAGGAGAAUUAGAGAUCAUGUCAACUAUGGGACUUGAAGUUUCAGUGCGUGGCUUGACAGCGAAUCGGACUUAGUUUUUGAUCUGUACGGCUGAGCACAUGUUAGUUUUGGAAGGAGUGUGACUUAAAGGCACACGAGCAUAACAAAUGUACAUAAUAUAUUACACACAGUACAAUCAUGUUCUUUCCAAGUGCCUCAACAUGCGGAUACUGUAGAGCUUAAACACGCAGAUUGAAAAAAAAAAAAAGAGGGAGUGUACGGUCUUUGCUCAGAGAAAUUGUCAUUUGGUGAGAUAGUUUGAGAUGACGUUUGUUGAAUUACAAUGUAAGGUGUUACCACAAGAUUCUGAGGGUGUGAUGUUCACAAGUGUAAUUGUAGUUUUUAUGCGUGUUUCCCUUUUCUUACCAUUUCAUUUUAUACACAUCAGCGAGCGUUUAACCUGUUCAUAGGGUGGAUUACUUUCUCUUUUUUUUAGCUCACCCUAUAAUUGUUCAUGUUUGUUAUUCAUUUGGAUUUGUCUUUGGGUUCUUCUUUCUACCCUAUAAUUUUUUUAUCCAGCCAUUCCCCCUCUCUGUUUUAAUUGGUUCAUCGUCCUGUGAAUUCUGUAAUUUGUGCCUCCGUUCUGCAGUUUAGAUUUUCCUCUUUAAGUCUCACUAUUUUCUGUGAAUAUGGUACUUUCGUAGUAUUUUAAACCCACUUAUGAUGUGUUCAACUGUGUUUUUUUUUUUUAAGUCUUGUCAGUGUUAUAACAAUGUUAGGAUGCAAAUUGUUUGCAGACACCAAAGGAAUUAAAUUUCACCUUACACUGGCCUGUAAAGUUUUGGAUUCAUUUUUAAGUGGUGAUCUUUGAAACUCUGGAUUAAUUUGAAGCUUGGUUGAAAAGUGACAACUUUAACAUAACAUUAUAAUUAUUUCACUAGUAAACCCCAGUGUAUAUUCAGCACAUAUUUUUCCACUAAUGUUGAUAGCUACACUGAGAAGCAGAUAAAUAUAUGCAGUAAUUAUGUUUUUUUUUAGCUGCUUGGUUUUAGUGGCUGAUGUAGCUCUGCAGUCAUAAAGAUUGUUUUUUUUUUUUUCCAUCAAGCUAGCAGGGGGUUAACGAAUGAAGAAUCCUCGUUUUACAACAGAUGUCAUUGUAGCACUCCUCUGGCUGUCAGUGCGGAUACAUGUAAAGGUUAAACUUAUACAUGAGCAGUUUGUCAAAUGAGAAAACCUCUUGCAUCUUUAUUCUCAGUGAGGUCUUAAGCAGUAAUCAAUGGCGUGUGGGAAUGCUUUGUUUUUGCUUUGUUUCAUUGUAAUAAUGGUUUCAUUCCAUGUUUUAUUUUUUCCCCCCCCAUUCACUUUCCAUGUUGCUUAAUGUCUGUGCAGCUGUACGAAUACAAACUCUUCUUGAGCAAUAAAAUGUUUUCAUGAAAAGUAAAGAGCUGCUGAAACCUG